GCCGCGGAGGGCAGGCCAUGCGUUUCCACGGCGUCCACGGGGCCAACGUGCUCAUCGACGAAGGCGGCAAGCGGGCCACCAGGCUGGCAUCCUUCUGCGACGCGGUCACGUUCAGCGCCAAGCCCGUGGCCGUCGGGUCGCGGGUCUCGCUCCAGCUCACCUCCAACGAGUCCUGGACGGGAGCGCUGAGGCUGGGACUGACCACCCACGACCCCGCUGUGGUCAGUUCGACCGUAACGACCACGACGUCAAGCUCGACGACAAACAGUGGGGGCGCCGCGAUCACACUGCCCCGGUUCAGCUGGCCCGACUUGGCGUCCAGGCAGGGAUACUGGAUCCGACCACUGCCAGAGCGAUGGAUCGCUCAUUGUACCAAGCUCACCUUCUACGUGAAUGCACAGGGUCACUUUCAGCUUUUCGUAGAUAGCGACUACAAAGGAGCGCUCUUCUCCGGCCUGCCGUCAAAGGAGCGGCUCUGGCUCAUCGUCGACCUCUACGGGAUAACGGUCUCGGCCAAGUUCGUCGCGCCAUGCAGUUCGGCGCCGGUGGAGGUGGUCGCCCGCGGUCCGGACGCAGUGCGCGCUUACAAACAGGCCUGCGCCGAGGGCAGCGUGCCGCUGUACCGCACACGGCUGUACAUCGUCGGCUGCCCCGGCGCUGGGAAGACAAGCCUCAAGAGGGCGUUGCUCAAUUCUGGCAGUUCAGAGGCAGCCAGCGGGGAGAAGUCACCAGUGGACGCGGUGCACUGCUGCCGGACGUCCGAGAAAGGCGACGGGGCACCGUGGACGGCGCUGCCCACCGAGCUGCUGACAAGGACGCCUGAGGACGUCGACCAGAACUGGGUGGAACCGGACGUGGGUCACAUCAGCGACGCCGAGUACCAUCAGGCCGUGGCGCUGAACGUGGUGCGCGAGAUGACGCUGCAGCAGCGCAAGCGCCAGCACCAGGAGGACCGGCGCCGGCUGCUGGGCUCCACCAGGAGCUCGGUGAAAGGUCAGGGCGUGCUGAGGUACCGUCACAACCACGCGCGGCACGCCGGGGUCACCGAGGGGUCCGCCGGCGGAGCGGGACAACACGGUGUCAUGACCCGAUCGACUUCGGUGAAGUCGACGCACACGAAGGACGCGUCCAUGCCGUCCAGCUGGGAAGGCAUGCCACAGGACCUCCCGGUAGAAGUGGUGGCGCUGGUUGAACGACUGCUCAAGGAAGCCGAAAGCAAACAGGACCUGGACGCCCGGGAGACCGAGAAGGGACCUCGGCUGACGUCAUCGUCCUCGGGAGGCGGCAAUGCCAACGUGGGAGUGUCGGUCACGCAGCAGGCGACCAGCAGUCAGGUGACCUUCAUGAUCUGGGACUUCGACGGCCUACCGAGGCACUUCAUUACCCACCAGGCAUUCUACUCUGCUCACGGCAUCUACCUACUCCUGUUCGACCUCACCAGAGACCUGAACGAGCCAAUCCAUGUACCGGACCAGACACGUGGCAUGGAGGACCCCGGUAAUCCGCUGUCGACCAUCGACUACGUCCACCAGUGGCUCACCUCCAUCCACGUGUCGGCUGCGAGGACCCACCAAGACGGCGACUACGGCGCCGCCAAGGACGUGGAGGACGUGGACACGUCCCAACUACUGCCCACCGUCAUCCUCGUGGGGACGCACCGCUCCAGGCUACGAGGAAACGCCCAGGCCCGGAACAACACGAUCUCGGAGAAGUUCACCCAGCUGCGGGAUACCCUACGCAACAAGGCGUACGGUCGCCACGUGCUGCCCAUGUACUUCGCCGUUGACUGCUGCGGCGCCGAGCAGUCGCCGCAUGUCGCCCCCGCCGCUACCACCGGCGGCGUCGACGGAGUCCGGCGGCGACUACGACGACCCCGAGGAGGCCCUAGAGGCCCUACGCCGCAAGGUCGAGCACGUGGCGGCUACCUGGAGGAGAUCGGCCGCCAGGAAGGGAUCGAGAACGAGGACGGCUUCCAUUCGGUCGUCCACUUCCUGCACCAGCAGGGCAAGCUCGUGUGCUUCAGUUGCCAGCACCGUGGCACGGGCGUCGGCGUUCUCGACAGCCGCUGGGACGGCAUCGUCAUCCUCAGGCCGCAGUGGUUUCUCGACGCCCUCUACAAGCUCGUCGGCUCCGCGCCGCAGAAGCAGACUUGCUGGGAGGAUGUCCCCAAGGGCAAGAAGGAGCCGGCCAGCUACCGCAUAAGCUACAAGCAGCUCAGGUCACUGUGGAGUCACUCAACGGAUCAGCUGGAAACACUGGUGGCUGUCCUCAGCUCCCUCGACAUCUUAGUGGCGCACUACGAACGCAUUCCGUCGGAAAUGUCUCUUGGCGAGGAGGAGGAGGCGUUCUGUGUCGUCCCUUGGCUCGCGAACUCGCUGCAGACGAGGUCAAUGGCCCUGGGAAACUCGCCAAGCAGCGACGCCCUCGUAUUCUUCAUCGACUUCGCAGGUCUACUACCAGUGGGAUUCUUCACGCGCCUAGUGGUGCGCCUGCUGCGCUGGUGCGAUUGGCGCGAGGCGACCUUCGUCACGGGGUUCGCCACCAUACCAUUGGACCGCGACAACGACCUGCUGCUCAAGCUGCACCAGACGCCGCCCAGCCAGAACAGGGGAAGGAUUCAGGUUGUGAUACAGAGAACGAGCACAAUGGAGAACUGGAUGGGCGGCAUCCCUCAACCGAGCAUCUGCGAAAAGGUGGUUCACCUGAUCGAGGCCGAGAUCGAGGCCCUCCGGGAGCUGUGGUACAACCGGCUGUGCUUCAAGUGCUUCGUCACCUGUCCCUGCAAGUCGUUGCCGUGCGCGCUGCACUCGUCCAAGGACUGCCAGGACCAGAACUGCCUACACUUCCUGCCCCUCGACGAGUGCCUGCACAGAAAGGUGGUGUACUGCGACUACAGGCGAGUCCAGACCGAAUUCGUGAGGCGGCACUUCCCUUACGCAUCCUUCCAUGGAAUGAGGGGAUACAGCGCAGGACUGCGACGCGCAUCGAGCGCCACCGCAGUGUGGGACCCGGACCAACCCCCGCUGGGGUUCUCGGCCUUCGGCUGGGAGGAGCGGUUCGGACCCUGGGAGGAGCCCCCGUGGCUGAGGGACGCCGCCAAGCUGCUCGAGUCCGGGAACACAGGACGCGACUGGCUCGCUCUCGCCAAGAGACUAGGUUACACGGACAAGGAGCUGAGCCGCUUCGUGGAGGAGACGAGCCCCGGCGUGGCGCUCCUACGAGACUGGCGCGAGAGCAACGGGGCGACGCGAUACUGCAUCGACGUGCUCAUCUCGUGCCUGCAGCAGAUCAGCAGGCACGACGUCGCCAGGCUCAUACAGGACGAGAUGGAGCCCGAAUCACUGGCGCCGCCGGUUUUCAUCAGCUACCAGUGGGACGCCCAGGAGGUGGUGCUCAACAUCCGCCAGCACCUGGAGUUCUCAGGAUUCCCCUGCUGGAUGGACGUGGGGCAAGUGGGCGGCGGAGACUCGCUCUACGGGAAGAUCUACGAGGGAAUCAGCAGGGCAAAGGUGGUGCUGUGCUGCCUGACUCCGCGGUACGCCUCUUCGUCGUCGUGCGCUCGCGAGCUGAGCCUGGCCGACGUGCUGCGGAAGCCCAUCGUGCCGGUCAUGGUGGAGCCGACGCCCUGGCCCCCUCCCGGACCCCUGGCCGUGGUGCUCAGCGCGCUCGUCUACGUGGACCUCUGCGGCAUCGGCGGCCACGGGGGCAGCGGCCGUCGCGCCGACUGGGAGAUGCGCUUCCAGGAGAUCGUGGCACGCGUGGCGCAGUUCCUGGCGCCGCCCACCAGCGCCCCCAGGCCGCACUCGAACAAGCACCGGGCCGCCUCGCUGGCGCCGCUGCUCGCGCAGCACGCGACCGCGUCCGGCGGUCCCGCGGCCGGCACGACCAACGCCGCCGCCUCGUCGACGAACGCGGUCAGGGCGGCCACGCCGUCGCCCAGGCCCAGCUUCAGUCAGGCCAAUGCGGUCCGGAAUGACGACGAAAGGGAAUUGCAGUCCGCCGCCUCCGUCCCAAUGGACGACGACCGAGAGUCCGACGCCAGUAAUCCGGGAUCGCCGCAGUCCUGGGACCGACCGAACCGAGUGAUCAACCGAGUCGUCCGUUGCUCCAUCUGCGCCAUCAUCUGACA